ACUUGGAUAUGCCGGGGUUCAUCAAAAAACAUUCAUUUAAGUCAUUGACUGUUUUGGCUCAUCUACUAGCAUCUGAAGUCAGAGUUAUGUUAUAGUUAAAAUUUGUUUGCUAAAAAAGUACAAAUUGUAUCGAUACUAAGGUUAUAUCAUGCCAGACUAGCUGGUUAGUGGUUCAACGUCAAUGUUAUUGCUUUUUUGAUGCAUCCAUGUGUUUGUAUUUUCAUUCCAUUUCACAAUGGAUUCUGUGUUUUUACUUUUGUUGAUAUUUCACUAAUUUAUCUUGAUAAAGGUUGUAGUUUGUACAUUACCAAACUUGCCAUGUUCUUCGGAAUAGGUUGUUGUUAAACAUAACACGUAGGUAGCUACCUACCGAAUAAAACACAGUGGAAUUGAUUGAACUCUGGUGGGAACAGAGGCUUAUUUUGUUGAUGUAUAUAUUUCUAGUACCUUAUGGUUAAAAAAGUUGUUUUUUAUUGUAACUGGUGAUUGUCUUAUGCAUUAUGCAUUUUGCUGAACCUGAACGUUAAAUCUUAUUUCAAUUUCAUUAGCAUUCACAGCUUGCAUUCCAGCAUGAAAUGGUAUUUGUCAAGACCAGGUCCGACCUUCAACUGUGGCGCUGUUGAUACAAAUAUCACUAAAUAUGUAACUGCAGAAAUUUUAGGUUGUAGGUUUUGUGUUGUAGGCUGGCAGGUUUGUAAGUUGUAAGUUGUUAGGUUGUAGGCUGGAAGCUUGUUGGUAAGAAGCUAAAGUUAGGUCAGGUAUGAUCAUGUUAUUUUUCUUGUAUUUGUGAGACAUGUAAAUAUAAUUUUUGGAUUCAGGAUGUCAAAUAAUGUAAGAAUAUGAAAAUAUUCUUGAAAUCUUCUUAGGACUUUAUCUUGACAUUUACCCAGGAAACUCUGUAGUAUGUGCCUACCUACCUCCUAACACUAAGCACCUGCCUGCCCUAGACAGAGACAAAGUUGAUGCUGCUAACUUUGAAUACAAACAAAAGCCUCAAGUUUAAAUGUUUGGCAGAUUAGCUGGGGUAAAUUGUUUUUAAUGCCUCACAUUGUAUAGGAUCUAAGGAUCUUACUGAAAACAGGACAGGAAUAAAAUUAGGGUUGGAAAGGUGACUUUGGUUCAUGUGUAUUAGCCCAAUGCUGGUCAAAUAUGUCCUUGAGGCCAGGGUUUCGAAGUCGGAGUCGGAGUCGGAGUCGGAGUCGCCCGGAGUCGUGGCAAGCAGCCAGGAGUCGGAGUCGGAGUCGGAGUCGGUCAAGCUGCCUCGACUCCGACUCCGGAAAAUAACUAGAAUCUGUGAUAUCACUUUUCAGUUUUUUUUUUUUUUACCAGUUGCCCGCGGUAGAAUUCGCUUCCGGCGAUAAAAAUUGCACUCAUCUUGUUUUUGUUCUAAAUGACAAACAUUCGAUCUUACAAGUUUCAAGUUAUAUCAUAAUUUAGUAGCCAAGUAUUUUGCAUGCCUGUUAUAAGUUCCACUAUCUGAAGUAUUUCACGAGUCAAAAACUAAAUGACAACUGCAUCUUUAUUUUCUUCGUUUAUGCUCCGAAAAGUAUCAACACAUAGGAAUGACCGACAUGAUGGCGAUGCUCGUGUUCGUGAUACGGCCGCCUUUCGCGCUUCUCGGCGGGUUUCCACGCUGACCGCUGACCUCUUGUGGAUUCAGCUGCGUCCACGUGGGAGAAAUGGUGACUGCAUGAAGGAAACUGGAGAGUAUGAGCGUUCUCCCCGUGCACGUAGACCUAGCACGUGGCGUCAUAUCACGCAAAAUUUUGGCGGCCGCCAUUGCCAUUCGUAUCAGACCCGGAGUCGGAGUCGGAGUCGGAGUCGGAGUCGGAGUCGGAGUCGGUCAGGAGCCCGGAGUCGGAGUCGGAGUCGGAGUCGGAACAGCGCUACCACGACUCCGAAACCCUGCUUGAGGCUGAGGGCAUCUGCUGAUAGUGCAAACUGCUAACACAGCAUAAUAAGAUCAGGCAGCUUUUCCAAUAGGUAACAAACAUGUUUUGAACUAACAAGUAACAACAAAGUCAAUAUUUUUCCAGGAACAGUCACCUUUUGAAGAUAUGAUAAGGAAGAAGUAAGAUUCUGCAGACAACUCUUACAACAGAUAUCAGUACCAAAAGAACAGACAUGUUCUCAGUUCCUGACAGCUACCUCCAGCUGGAUGAGGAUGAGGGCGACCUGAUUGACCUCCCUCCAGAGGUUCUGUCUGCAAUUGAUCAGGUGCUUCCGAGUAACGAUCCGUUGGACCGUCCCGACUUUGACGUGGUCGACUACAUCAAUCAGCUGUUCCCUAACGAGCAGUCGCUGAGUAACAUCGAUGACGUCAUAUCGUCGAUGACGGAGCGGGUGCGCGUCAUCGACCAGGAGAUCAGGAACGUGGUGCGCGGACACACCAACUCCGGACAGGAUGGUAAGCGGGCGCUGGAGGAGGCGCAGAAGUCGAUCGUGCAGCUGUUCAACAAGAUCUCCGAGAUCAAAGGUCGCGCCGAACAGUCUGAGCAGACGGUCAAGGAGAUCACGCGCGACAUCAAGCACCUGGACCAGGGCAAGAGAAACCUGACGGCGGCCGUCACCACGCUCAACCACCUGCACAUGCUGGCCGGAGGCGUCGACACGCUCCAGUCCCUGAUCUGCCGGCGCCAGUACGGCGAGAUAGCCAUGCUGCUGGAGGGUGUCAUGAAGGUCCUGGAACACUUCGACAAGUACAUGGACAUUCCACAGAUCAAGGAGCUCGCCGAUCAGGUGCACAAGAUCCGGACCGACUUGGCAGAGCAGAUCACCAGCGACUUUAAGGAGGCGUUCUCGGCGGCCAACUCCAAGAAGGCCAUCCCCAGUCAGCAACUGGGAGAGGCAUGCCUCGUCGUCAACGUUCUGGAGCCCAAAGUCAAACGUGAGCUGCUGCGCUGGUUCGUAUCACUCCAGCUCGCCGAGUACACACACCUGUUUGGUGCCAACGAGGAGUCCGCCUGGCUGGAUAAUAUCGACAAACGCUACACGUGGCUGAAGCGGCACCUGAUCGAGUUUGAGGAGCGCUUCGGCCGCCUCUUUCCGCCCGAAUGGGAGGUCUCCGAACGGAUCGCUGUCGAGUUCUGCCAGGUCACAAGGUCGGAACUAUCAGCCAUCAUGGCGAGGCGUGUCUCCGAGAUGGACGUCAAGCUCCUGCUGUUCGCCAUCCAGCGCACGGCCAACUUUGAGACGCUGCUGUCACGUCGGUUCUCCGGGGUGACGCUACAGGACCGCCGGACGGCCGCUGCCGCCGCCGAGCCGGCCACGCCGAAGGAGUCGACCAACCCUUUCGGGGAGCCGGAGCCGGAGCCCAAGUCGACGAACCCGUUUGAGACGGAGGAGGACGCAGCCGAGGCGGAGAAGUCGGUCCCCGCCCCGCCUCCGCCGGAGCCAGCGGCGCCACCCUCUGACCCGUUCCAGGGUCUGAUCAGCCAGUGCUUCGAGCAGCACCUCAACAUCUACAUCGAGAGCCAGGACAGGAACCUAUCGGACCUGAUGGAGCGCUUCAGCCAGGAGCUGAAGGCCAAGGGUUUCCCCAGCGCGGCCGCCGAGAGCUCGCUGAUCCUGCCCAGCUGUGCCGACCUGUUCAUGUUCUACAAGAAGUGUAUGCUGCAGUGCUCGCAGCUAAGUCGCGGCCGACAGCUGCUCGCUCUGACGGCCGUGUUUCAGAAACAUCUUCGGGAGUACGCGCUGAAAAUUCUGCUCGCCAACCUACCCAAGCAGACAGUUAGCGGGGCCACGGGCGGCUCGUCUGGUAAGACGCUCCCGAUCGACCUGAAGGACCUGUCGAACCUCUCCAACCUGCGCGACAUGGCCACAGCCGGGUUCCUGCACAACUUCCAGAACCUCAUGAAGGAGGGCGAGAUACAGCGGCUCACCAGGGACGACCUGGGGCGCGUCUGCAGCAUCCUGACGACGGCCGAGUACUGCCUGGACACGACGCAGCAGCUGGAGCUGAAGCUGAAGGAGAAGGUGGAGCCCACUCUGGUGGACCGCAUCAACCUCGGCGGAGAGCAGGACGUCUUUCACAGCGUGAUCGGCAACUGCGUGCAGGUGCUGGUGCAGGACCUCGAGUCGGCCUGUGACCCGGCGCUCGUCACCAUGACCAAGAUGAGCUGGCAGAACGUGGAGUCGGUGGGCGACCAGAGCGGCUACGUCAGCCUCAUCACUGGCCAGCUGAAGACCACCGUGCCCGUCAUCAGAGACAACCUGGCCGGGUCCAGGAAGUACUUCACCCAGUUCUGCGUCAAGUUCGCCAACUCGUUUAUCCCGAAGUUCAUCCAGCACAUUUACAAGUGUAAGCCCGUGAGCACAGUGGGAGCCGAACAGCUUCUGCUGGACACCCACUCACUGAAGACGGAGCUGCUCGACCUGCCCUCUCUCGGCAGCCAGGUGCAACGCAACGCGCCCGCCAGCUACACUAAGAUCGUGGUGAAGGGGAUGACGCGCGCUGAGAUGCUGCUGAAGGUGGUGAUGUCGCCCCACGAGCGUCCGGCCGACUAUGUGGAACAGUACGGCCGGCUGCUGCCAGAGUCCGACGCUGCAGAGUUUCAGAAGGUGCUCGAUAUGAAGGGUGUGCGCCGGGCGGAGCAGAGCCAGCUUCUGGAUGUGUUCCGCAGCAGCCGGCCGGGCGGCGCGGCGGCCGCCACCGCCCCCACCGGCAGCCCCGAGCACGAGGCCGGCCGAAUCCACCGGUUAGAGAAACUCAUCAAACGACGAAUGUAGCGAAUUGCAGCUGGGACGGGGGAGAGGGGAGGGGUGAUACUUGGUUGUUAUGUUUUGUGGAUGUGUGAUGUACUGGGGAUGUCACGAAUUAUAUUGCUUUAUUUUUUGUUGGUGCACGGUAAAAGUCACGCUUGUUGAAUUCGUUUCCUAGUUUUUGCUGGGAUGUAAUUUAUCAAAGUACCAAGUUCGCUCAACACAACUAUUCCAGGGUGUUAACGGCGAACAAAUGGGCCAAUAUAUUGAUAUACGAUACU